AACACAAAUAAUCUGCGCCGCGCAUGCGCUCUCGUCAGUUCUUCAUCACCCCACCACAAUGUCGAAGAGAGGACGUGGAGGUACCGCGGGAGGAAAGUUCCGCAUCUCUGUGGGACUCCCCGUCGGGGCAGUCAUGAACUGCGCUGACAACACAGGAGCCAAGAACUUGUACAUCAUCUCCGUGUCUGGUAUUAGGGGUCGUCUCAACCGUCUGCCAGCUGCUGCUGUAGGCGAUAUUGUCGCUGCCACUGUCAAGAAGGGAAAGCCUGAAUUGAGGAAGAAAGUGCAUCCCGCAGUAGUAGUCAGGCAGAGGAAACCGUACCGUAGGAAGGAUGGCGUCUUCAUAUACUUUGAAGAUAAUGCGGGAGUUAUAGUAAAUAAUAAAGGAGAAAUGAAAGGCUCAGCCAUCACUGGUCCAGUAGCAAAGGAGUGUGCUGAUCUGUGGCCUAGGAUUGCCUCUAAUGCUGGCUCUAUUGCCUAAGAAAUAAAGCAAGAAAAAAAAAAUAUAUGUUAUUAACCUUUUACAAUUCUUAUUUUUUACCAAGAAUAUAAUGUGAGAAAAUUUGUUUUGUGUAAGACAGAAUUAAUUGCGAAAAUUGUUUGAAAAUAAUGUUGAAUGAAGAAUAAUGGUCGAGAGAUUGUAUUUUGUGUAAUACAAAAUUGUGAUACUUUUAAACACUAUUAAGUGAAGAAGACUGCUGCUUUGCUGUAAUUUGUAAUUUGGUAUUGCACAGAAAUUUAAUAUGCAGUAUAUAUUUUGAAGCAGUAAU